CAUCUACAACUUCGAGACUAAUUCAAGACUCACGUAUCGGUUGAGUUGGUGCAUCGUUGUCCACCUAGAUCCAGCAAUAGUAAUUCCAGAUGAUCAAUUUCUUGUUUAUGAGGAAUUGACAGAAUGUGUUUGAUUAUUUUCUUACUUGUAAAAUGGAAGACACAAAUGAUUUCUCAAAUGAACCAAUUCUCUAUGAACUAUUAGAAUACUUCAUUCGAAAACAGGAGCCAGAAUUAAUAAAAUGUAAAAAUGAUACUGUUAUUUUGCCAACUACUGGGACUAUAAAGAAUGCAUUGAGAUAUCUUAAUAAUAGAUAUUCUUUACCAGAAAGUAUAUCACAGCAAAUUAGUCUUACAUUACCAUGGAAAAUUGCAGUAGGAGAUUGUGGUCGUUUGUUGGCUGUAUUGCAAGAAAAUGUCAUAGAAAUACGGAAAGCAAAAGAUGAAUCAAUUAUUGGCAAAGCUUCUGUUCCAAAAGAUGCUUUCCCACAAUGGCGAAAACUUAUAUGGAGUCCAGAUGGAACAAUUUUAGUUUUAGCAUCUAGUAAUGGAUAUAUAUCAUUUUAUAAUUCAUUAGGAAAUAAUAUCUUUAACAUAAAUCCAAAAACAAUAUCACCAAAUCCAGAAAUAUUGGAAGCUGGAGAUGCAAUAGCAUCUAUAAUAUUUCUUGAUCCAAGAACAAAGAAUGAAAAGUGGUCUUAUGAAUUUAUAUUAAUUACAUACAGUGGCCUUUUAAAAUCUUAUCAUGUAUCUUUAUCCAAUGGCUUUAGUUUUAACUAUGAGUUUUCUUUUUGUAACUUUUAUAAAAAUGGAGUCAAUGCAGUUGCAUAUGAUGAAAAACAUUCCUUAUUUUAUGUUGCUGGUAAUGCAAUCACAAAAAAGUUGACAUCUACAGCAUCAGAGACUGGAUUAACUUCAUGGAGAUUGCUGAAUGAUUAUCCAUAUUGUCAAUUAUCAUUUACUUUUAAUGAAAAUACUGAGACUAAAUCAAGAUUUUCUCUGUGGAAUAUUAUACCUACUUUAUAUUUUCGAGUAGAAUCAAUAAUAUUUAAUAUACGAAUAUCUCCAAACAAUAAGUCAUUAAUAUGCUUACAUACAGAUGGAUCUGUAUCACUUUGGAGAUUACCAAAUUUAAUAUUACAAAAUAAAUGGAAAUUGCAAGAACAACCAGGUUUCAAUAUAUCUAAUCCAUUAGGACUUAUAAAGUUUAAAAAGUUCCCAUCUGGUUUCACAGAAUUUCAUCCUGUAGAUAUAGGAUGGUGGUCUAACCAGGCUAUUAUCAUAGCAAGAUAUACAGGAUCCAUUUCAGUAUGUUCAACCAAAAAUCUGAAUAAUCUAUUGGGAUCAAGUCCAGAAUUUUUAGCUGGUCAACCACAAAUUUGUGAGUUAGGUCCAGGUCGUGGAUUUUUAUGUUUAGAUUGUGAGUCUUAUGUAACAAGUAAAAAACGGAAUAGAGAAUCUAAUACUGAAGGUCAACUUUUAGAGGCAUCAUCAGAAAGUGAAAAAGAAAGUGAUGAAUUAGAACCUAUUACUAUUUUAAAUUAUACUACAGAAUUAGUACAAAGUACUUUAUAUUCAAUUACUGAUAUGGAAAGAUUUCAACCAAAAAGAAAACGUUCAAAAGUUUUAUAUAGAACUUAUAGAAUUUUAGGACUUAAAAGCACUACUCCUGAAGAAUUAUAUACUAGAAAAAUAGAUAUUGAGGAAUAUGAAGAGGCUUUAGUACUGGCUAAUACAUAUAAUUUAGAUACAGAUCUUGUAUAUCAAACACAAUGGCGAAAAUCUAAGUUAUCAUUAAAUGCUAUUCAUGAACAUUUAAGUAAAGUUACAAAGAGAUCUUGGGUUUUAAAUGAAUGUGUUACUCGUGUACCAGAUACAAUUGAAGCUGCAAGAGAAUUAUUAAAUUUUGGAUUAAAAGGUGCUAAUUUAGAAACAUUAUUAGCCAUUGGUACAUAUGAUGAUGGAAAAUUUGUAUUAGCUGAUACCGUUGAUGAUACAGCUAAAUUGGAUCAAGAAAGUAAUUUAAAGCAGAUUCAAAGAAUAAACAAAAUCAUUGAAUCUAUUGAUGUCAAUAACUUAUCAGAAGCACAAAAGGACUUAAUUAAAUAUAGAAGAUCACUUUUGAAUCAUUUAGAUAAAUUACUUACUUAUGAAAUUAUUCUUGGACCUUCUCUCCCAUAUGAUAAAAAUUUUUAUGAAAAAUUUAGACAGCUUUCCAUCAUUGAAAACGCUGUUAGAUUUGCAAAAGACAGUGACUGUAGAGCAGUAGAAAUUAUGUUUGCUUAUUAUGGUAACAUAUUGUUACCACAUUGGUUAGCUAUCAUAAGUUUUUUCCCAGAAACAUUAAAUCCUUCAAAUUAUCAAAAGCUGCUACCACAUUGUGAUUUAGAAGGACAACUGUUUUUACCAGAUCAAUAUGAAUUACGUCAAAAGGAUUGGUCUGAGAGAAAUAUUUUUGAUGAAGUAAUUAACUUCAUAGAGGAUGAUCAAUCUCAAUUACUUUAUGAAACAGAUCCAUCAUUGGAUAUAUAUAAAAAUGCACAACUUACACCAAACUUAUUACAAAAAUGGUAUAGAUGUAGAGCAUGUGAAAUUGAGAAAAUUAGUUUUAUGGUAGACAAUGCAUUGGAAUUAAUCAGGAUAGGAAAAUUGCAUAAUAUUAAUAAUUUAGAAGAUUUGUUAAUAGAUUUGGAAACAUUGGAUGAUCUAGUUUAUAAAGUUUAUCUGGAUGAUAUGUCAUUGAACAAAUUAGAGAAAUUAAAUAAUCUAGAAAAGAUUAAAUUACUAAUGACAGGAUCAGAAGAAAAUAAUUUUGUUGAUAAUGUACAAAAUCUUAUACUACCAUUUAUAAAGAGAAGGAAUAAGUAUUCUGAGAAAAAUUCUGAAGAAAAUUUACUACAUAAUUACUUGGUCUGUAUAAGUAAGGACGACCUUAGAUUACCUGUUAAAUUUUUUGAAUAUUUAAAACAAUUUGGUGAAACAGAUAUAAUGUUAGUAAUGAAAGAUGUUGUAACCAUAGCUUUAGAUUGCAUAUAUGCAUGUAAUGAUUUAAAUAUGUAUCAAAAAGCAAAAUAUAUCUUAGAUACUAUAUCAAAAGAUCAAUAUCGUAAAGGAAAAUAUGACAGUUCGUUUGAAGAACUCGAUAAAGAACUCGAAGGUAUGAAAAUUUUAAAUAAAUAUGGAGUUAAAACAACAAUAAAUUAUUUGCAUAAUAAUAAAAACAAUCCUGAAGAUGUGAAGUUACUAUUAAACCAAAUGGCAAGAAGUUUGAACAAAUCAAUACCACAUCCAGAUGAAAAACAAUGGGCUCAAUUAUUGAAUCAAAUGUUAGAAAUUCGUGGCAUGUUAUUUACAUGUAUUGAUAUUGAAAUAUGUUUUGAAAUUUGUGUAUCUGCUAGAUUAAUGUCAGGAGAUAAAUCUAAUAUUCAAACUUGUGUUACAUUGAUAGAAACAAGAAAAAAAGAGGAAUCCUUAUUGAAAGUUUCAUACAAUAAAGCUGUCAAUCUUAUAAUAGAAGCUAGUAAAGAAUAUUUCAACAGCUCCAAAAGCCUUACUGAUCCAAAUAUGGAAUUAGCCAAGACUUGCUUGCACUUGAUUCUUGAUGAUAAUUAUAUUAUUAGAGAAGAAUAUGAUUUGAUUAAUUCACUUCAAAUUUUGAACGAAUUUAAUGUAGAUAUACUACCGCUUCAAGUAAGAUCCACGCAAGAUAAAUUAAAAUUAAUAGAAGAUUGUUUAAAUAAACGUGAAGAUGCUUAUAAAAGUCGUCAACGAUUAUUAAUGUUAGCAAAUUAUCUACAUAUUGAAAAAAAUAGUACUAGAUUGCGCGAAGGAAAAGUUUUAGAACUCGUGGCGAAAAAAGCAUUACAGGUCCACGACUAUAACACUUGUGCAUCUACUUGCCAACAACUGAUGCAAAUUAAUUAUAUUCCUAUAUGGACAGUGGUAUUUGAACUAGGAUGUUCUGAAAAUUUUCGAGAUUUACAAACUCGUAAGAAAUGUUUAUGGUUUGCUAUAAAUAAUGGACCUAAUGAUAUAUUAAUCAAAGCUUUGGAAUGCGUGCAUUUAAUUGAAGUGCAAAUAUUGCAUGAAAAUUUACAAUUGUGGAUGCCCAAUGAUAUAUCUGAAGAUCUUGAUGAGAUUGAAAGUGAAGAUGAAUUUAUAGAUGCUAUGACUACACCUCAAGUAGAAAAAAAAGAAUUUAUUCCUAAGGUAUUUGAAACAUCAACAGAAAUUGUAAAAACUUCUGCAAACAUUAUGAAAAAUUCAACAUAUGGAUUAAUCAAGAAUAUAGGGAAUACAGAUUUUUGGAAAUCAAGAUUAAAAUUUAGUUUCAGUAAUUCAUUACAAAAAGAAACGCAAAAUGAAAAUGAAAGUAAUGAGCAUGAAAAUACAAAUAUUCAAAGUUUCUCUUGUUUUUAUGAAACUUUACAUACAAAUGAGAGAACCAGUAAUCUUGAUACAAAAUACGUAAAUUAUUCUAUGUUAGAAGUUCAAAAUACUAAAUUAAAAUUAUGUAGAGCAUUAUUGAGAAUAAGUUUAUUGACUGAAGCUUCUUGUUAUGGCCAUGAAGUAAAUGAUAUUAAUCAUUUGCUUUUAGAAUGUGCAAAACAUACUAUUCAUGAAGAUUGGUUGCUAAGUGUAGCAUACUUGCUGAGUCUAAAUAAAACUUAUAUGUCAGAUAUUCUAUCUAUUUUUAUGAAUUUACCAAGAAAUGAAUUAUGCAUAGAAACAGUUAUAUAUUACUAUUCUUUAGAACUUCAUAAACAAUUAUGUAAUAAUACUGAAAAAUUAUACAUGUAUGAUCCAUUAUGUUUAAUAAGCAAGGCACUAACACUUGCAACAAAUUGUGAUGAAUGUGACAUACAAAAGGCAUUAUUGCACUGUAAAUCCUAUUUAAUGAAUGAUAACAAACUAACAAGAUUGCUGUCAACAAAUUCUGAUGAAGAUAUGAAUGAUGAAAAAUUUAAUGUUCCUGAACAUAGCAAAAGUAUAAGCAAACAAACAAAUAUAGAGUAUAAUAAUGGAGUAACAACAUUAAGUUCAGAUUCAAUGAAAGAUGAAGUAUCAUCUACAUUAUUUGAUUAUAAAGAUGAUGAAUGGACAGAUGAUUGGAGCAAUUUUUCUGAUGCUGAUCUAGAUGAAACUGUAAAUAGUAUCACACAAAGAGAAAUUACAGGUGAAGAUAAAAUUUAUACGGAAGAAGAUCGUUUUAAAGUUUUCACGAAAAUGUACACAGAAAUAAAAAAUAUGCAAGAUUACAAACAAGUUAAGAAUAUUUUAUCGACGUGGCCAGCUUUUAAUAAGUCUGAAUUUACUACAGUUAAUAUACACCCUAUAUUACAAAUGAUUAAAAUAGUUCGUACGUGUAUCAUAGCCGAAGAUACUGCCCAAUAUGAAGAUCAAGUAUUACAAGAGUAUAAAGAUCUCAUUACAAUGAUAUCUGAAACAAAUAUACUCAGGGAAUUUCUAAAACAGGAACUUGAUAACAUUCCUCUAGAUCACAGUCUUCAUAUACGUCUUUGUACAAAUGACCCAAUAUUUCAUAAAGAGGCAGUAGAUAUACUUCAAAAAGAGAAAAAGAUGAAGCUCUCAUUAAUAACGCUAAAAGAAAUCUUUUUAAAAAACUUAACUUCUUAUUUUGAGCCAGAUCAUGAGAUAUACAAACAAAUAAUUAAACAUAUUUUUAUAAAACGAUCUUUGCCAUAUAUUGAAGAAAAUACAGCAGUACUUGUAGAAAAAUUAAUGGAACAAAAACAUGUGAUGCAUGCUUUAAGUGUAAUAAGUAUGGCAAAAAAUAUACCUACAUCUUUAAGUACUUUUGGAACUUGUUUUCAGUUACUAAUGAAAAAAUAAUUUUCAUUUACAAUAGCAUAUACUGAAAUAUUAAUUGUAUAUAAUAUAUAUAUAUAUAAAUGUUAUAAAAAAUGACUUUUUAUUAGAA